AUGAAGUCCAAUAAAAAAACUGGGAAGAACAGAUUAGAUAAAUAUUAUCAUCUGGCCAAGGAACACGGCUAUAGAUCUCGUUCCGCAUUUAAGAUUAUACAACUUUCUAAGAAGUUCAACAUAUUUCAGAACUGCAACACUCUCGUGGAUUUAUGUGCAGCCCCUGGUGGAUGGCUACAAGUAGCUUCGAAGCAUCUUCCAGUCUCAAGCACAAUUAUCGGAGUAGAUUUAGUCCCAAUAAAACCAAUAAAAGGAGUUAUUACUUUUCAGUCGGAUAUUAGAACGCCCAAGUGCCGGUCUUUGAUAGUUAGCCAAUUGAAGGGAGGAGAAGUAGAUGUAGUACUGCACGAUGGGUCGCCGAACAUGGGCUCAAACUGGAAUCUUGACGCCUUUAACCAGAACGUUUUGGUUUUGAGCGCAGCAAAGCUAGCCUCGACUAUACUGAAGAAGGGAGGAAUCUUUGUGACUAAGAUUUUCAGAUCCUCAGACUACAAUUCACUGAUAUGGAUGCUCGGAAACUGCUUUGAAAGGAUUAAGGUGACUAAACCGCAGAGUAGCAGAAACGUAUCGGCAGAAAUAUUCGCAAUUUGCAUAGGUUUUAAGUCGCUGAAGGGCCUGGAUCCAAGGCUCUUUAACGUCGAUUAUGUGUUCCACUCAGAUAGGGACUCCAAGACCCCCGAAAUCACAAAUAAAUCACUUAAUCAACUUUUUAAAGAGCAGAAGAAGAGAAAUAGAGAGGGAUACGAUGAGUCUAUUUACUCUGAAAUUACCGUUCUUGAAUUCAUGAGAUCAAACACACCCGCGAAUCUCCUGUUUUCAAACAAUAAAAUAACAUUCUCAGCACCAAAACACACAGAUUCACGCGAAGAUGACCAGAAACUAGUAAAACAGAUAGAAGAAGAUCCGUUAACAACAGAAGAAGUUAAGUUGUUGUGUUCGGACCUUAAGGUGGCUGGGAAAUCAGAUUUACAAUCACUGCUGAAGUGGAGGUUUAAACUUCUUAAGGCGCUGCCGAUAGUAGAUAAAAGUAAAGCCGAAAAAAGCGAAGUUGAGCCAAAAAACAUCGCAGAAGACGCCGAAUUGAAUAUUGAGGAAGAGGACAAGAAGAUAAAGGAUAGGAUAAAAUUGGAGCUGAGAAAAGCCCAGAGAAAAGAGAGAAAGUUGCUAAAAAGGACGAGAAAGGGAAGCAAGGAGGCGACUUCAUACCUUGAGCCAGACCCUGAGUUGUUUAACCUGGAGUCGCUGCAAGGAAAUGAAAUAGACGACGAGUAUGAAUAUUCGUCCACGGACAUGGAAUCUGAGCUUGAACUUGAGGACUAUGAGCCUGAAGAGUCACUGGACCCGGAGACAGAGAGACUGAUGAAGAUGGACGUUGAUCUGGAGGUCAGACACACAAUAGAUAAGAUUAACGAAACUGAAAAGCCGAAGAACACAAAAAUGACUAAGAGGCAGAAGGCGAACAUGGAAAAAUCCCAGGAAAUGAAGCAAUUCAUAGAUAAACUACAAUAUGAAGCAAAAUUAGAGGCGGCAAAAGAUUCCGAGGAAGAGUUGGAAUCAGAGUCGGAGAGUGAGUCAGAUCCUGAUUCAGAGGUACACUCAGUAGCAGAUUCAGAUGCUGAGGAAGACUCAGAAGUGAAGAAAGACACGGCCGCAAUGAGGGAAGAGGAGGAAGAGGAUAAUGAUCUGAUAUCCUCUAGGUGGUUCGACCAGGAAAUUUUUAACCAGGACCCGGAAAAGGAAAAAAUAAAGGUUGAAAAAAAGAAGAAGAGGGACAGGAGGGCAGAGUCGAAUAAAGAAGAAGAAAGCUUCCAAGUGGUGCCAGCAAUUUCAAACUCGGACGUGCAGGCCUUGGCAAAAACGGAUGAAUUCAAGGAUCUGGCAAGUGAUCCCGACGCUGUGGCGCAGGUGCAGGCCCUGGGGUCGCUCAUGAUUAAUAAGAAAACGAGGAUGGAGCUGAUCGACGGAGCGUACAACAAAAAGACGUUCAUGGACGAGAACCUGCCGAGUUGGUUCGUAGACGACGAGAACAAGCACAACAAGAGGCAGUACCCGGUCACGAAGGAGCUGAUGAAAAAGUAUAAGGCGAAGCUGCUGGAGCUGAAGAACCGGCCCAUCAAGAAGGUGCUCGAGGCCAAGCACAGAAAGGCGCUGAGGGCGCAGAAGAGGUACAAGAGCAUUUUGCCGAAGAUCGAGGCAAUAUCCAACGACGAGAACAGCGGCGGGAACGCGAAGAAGCUGCUCAGGGGGCUGAAGAAGAUUCGCUCCAACAAGCGGGAAAAGGUGUACGUCGUCUCGCGCAAGACUGGGUCCGCGAAGACCUCUAAGGCCACCAGCUCAGGCUCCAGGAAGAUGUUUAAGCACGUGGACCGGCGUAUGAAGCAGGACAACCGCAGGUCGAAGAGGAAGCCCAAGUCGAAAUCCAGGAAGGCCCGCGUGCACUAG